GUUUGAGGAGUUCAAGGUGUCCUUCCCAUCUUUAAUCAGUGGUCUUUCCACACGUGUUUUCUCAGGCAGUAAUCUGUCUGUAACGGGUAACUGAAACUCGGGGCUUAUCAAACCUUUGUAUUUUCUUAGCUAGUCAAAUUUACCAAACUAUAACCAUGCUAAAGUCUCUUUCCCAAGCGGUGAGUACUGCAGUUCGAAUUUCAACAACCACAAUGUUUUCGGCCCGAGCUCUCCAGCCUCUUACGAGAUCGACAUUAUGUUCUCCAAACUCGGGAACAGUCCGACCUUUCACCCGGUCUCUCUGGAUGAUGAGCCAAAACGGGGCAGCAUCGGGAUACAGACCAAAACUCUUCAGUUCAAAAGGAUUGAUUCCUGUGUCGUGUGGCUGUGGAUCACUACAUACAGAAGGUAAUAACUAGCUAAAUUAAGUAGCUACUCUUGUGAGUACGCUAGCUAACGUUGGCUAUAUUGCUAAAUAUGACAUUCCCUAAAAACACGCCACUUCUAUACAGCUAUAUUUACGCAGCAGGUUAGUAUAAUUAGGAUAAGGUUAGGAAAGGGGUUAGGGUUAGUGAAAAUGCUCUCCUAACCUGCUAAAUAUGCCUCCUCAACUUGGACUUGUUGAACAUAAUUAGCUAGCUGUAUGUAAAGCAAUGGAGGAAUAGCUGCGACCUGAAUGCAAAACAUGGACAACUUAUGUAACCGUUGUCAUGUAGCUGACAGGUUGGACGAAAUUGGCAACAGAAAUGUCACCAAUGCGUUUCACCCAAUGUGUGGAACAUUCGUGUGUACAUCUAUCCGUAGCUAGUCAUAUUCAUAGCUAGUUUAUUGUUUAUCAGGCAAGACUGCUUGUUCUACAGCAGUGCAAAAAGCAAAGCUGAUGACGAAACGAUCAGUAACUAUUGAAUGUGAUGUUAGCUGGCUAGCUAUCUUUGUGUCAUUCAAUGCACAUGUGACCAUGGAAAUGGAACGUGGGUGUAAUGUGUAAGGGUUGAUUAUCAUAAUCUAUGGGUCAGUAUAUAUGACUAGCAUGUAGCUAAUACUGACUUGUCUUCUGUUCUAAGAUCCAAUAUAAUUGCUCGGUUUCAGGAGACAAAGCCUUUGCAGAUUUCCUUUCGGAUGAAAUCAAAGAAGAGAAGAAGAUCCAGAAAAGCAAUACUCUUCCCAAGAUGUCUGGAGGGUGGGAGCUACAGCAAAACGGCACAGAAGCCAAACUCAUCAGGACAAUUUCUGGAGAAAAGUAAGACCAUCUCAAUAUUAGUUUAUGCCUGCCUGCUACACCAAGUAGAUUAGUAAAUUACCGGUACUGAUACAAUCACUGCAGACAUUUUAUUUGACCACAUUAAGUGUUAACCUAGAUGUUGUAUUAAUAAAUCCAUAACUGCACAAAAUUAACUCGGUUAACAUUAUUUGAAAGUAAUUUGAACUACAUUUUGUAUAAGCUGCUCUACAUUGUCUGACCCUUUGUCCUUUUACAGAGUGACCAUCACAUUCAACGUCAACAACAGUAUUCCCCCUAACUUUGAAGAGGAGGCUGAACAAGCACAGGCACAGAAGUCUGCAGAGAAUGAGGUAAACCUCUUUGUACUGUCUUUUCCAAAAUGGACACGCACUGCACUGAACGUGUUGCACUGUUACAUUGUUUAGGUUUUGAACCAUGUGUAUUUUGUUUCCUUAAAGCCAGAUAUUGUGUCAUCACCUAACUUCGUUGUCGAGGUGACGAAACAGGCGGCAAAACAUUCCUUGGUGUUUGACUGCCAUUAUCCUGAAGAUGAGGUAAGUUAUCCUACAAGUGUAUCAUCAUUGGCUUCAUGUAUAGUCCAGACCAAGUUCAAACAGAAGACAUCUUUAUCAACAUAAUUGGGAAGCAUGCCCCCUCAGUUGGUGAAUACUUAAGGCUUUAUUGCUUUGUUUCUUACCACAUUUAGUUAAUACGCAAUAUAUCUGACAAUGUUAGGCUAAAUUAAUUUUCCAGGCAAGCCAUGGUGAAGGGGAAGAGGAGAGUGAUAUUUUUGCCAUCCGUGAGGUCAGCUUCCAGCCUGAGGGAGAUGUAGAGUGGAAGGAGACCGCCUACACACUCAACACAGACUCUCUGGACUGGGUAAGUCCUGAAUCUUGGUCCAUCUGUCUGCAAAUGUAAAUAUCAUUACAGAUACUUCUGAGUGUCAAUGAUGACUUUGACUGCCUACAAUAUUAAAUAUUGGUCUUAAUGUAGCCUUGAUAGAAUUGUGACACUUUUUAGAAAGCAACAUGAGUUAUAACCAGGAAUUAUUAAGCGUAUUAGUCUCUAGACACCGCAAACCUACUCCCUCGACAGUUAAGGUGACUGGCUUAUAUUGCGUAUCACACUAAAGGAGUCACAGGUUAUCACAUGGUUGCGGUUUAAUUUUUGAAGUUCUCACUGGCCUUUCCUUUGUGGUUUACCUCAGGCCCUGUAUGACCAUCUCAUGGACUUCCUGGCUGACCGGGGGGUUGACAACACGUUUGCUGAUGAACUGAUCAAGCUGAGCACUGCCAUGGAACAUCACGAAUACAUCAAGUUCCUGGAGGACCUCAGUGGUUUUGUGAAAUGCAGUUAAUGUAUAGAUAGAAUAGAUUCAACAAGCUAAGUAUAAAUAGAUUCAACAAGCCAAACUAAUUUCAGUAAGACACCAUCCCCCUCUAGAUUGAAAAUGCAAACAAAUGGAAAGUGUUUAAUUUUGAGGGAAAGUAUAGGCAGUGAUUGAAGUCAUUGCCCAGUUUGGGCACGUCAGUUAUCAUUGAGACUGUUGUAUGUGAAGUUUCUGCCGCUUUGAACAAUAAUUUAAUAUUGAACUACUGCUUUCCUGCAAAUGUGUCAGUGUUGUAAAUGCUUCUAUGUCUGAAAAUAACGUUAAUAUAUGAAGGCUGUCAGUGUCAUUUGUCAACAUUAUGGAAGAAUGUCACUGUAUGACAAAAUAAAAUGUUUCAUGAGUG